AUGGCCAAUACUCUUUCCAUCAUAGGACCUUCGAGACUUUGUAGUGUCUGCGACCUGGCCCUGAAAAGCAAUGUCCCAGGCACCUUCCAGCCGCAUCAUAAGAGCGGCGUUGAGCUGGAACAGGCUUCAGAAAUUGGCUGUUACAUUUGUGGCACGAUCCGACAUAGAAAUACGUGGUCAAGAAGGUGUGGAGAGUGCCGUUCAAGCUCUUUUCACUCUGUCAUAAACCUUUAUAAUGCCGGUUUCGAGGAGACUCUAGAAGGACUGGUCAUUGGGAAAAUGCCGAGUGGCUGUUGCUGGCUUUUCCAGCUUUGGAAGGAACCUGGUAUUCCUCCCAGCCCUGUCCCAGGUUACAAACCGACAAGAUUAAUCGAAAUUAUCGAUGCCUUCCAUGUCCGCCUUGUUCUGCCAGGAAGUCUUCCUGUUGAGUCAGUAAGCUAUGUCGCAUUUUCCCACUGCUGGGGAAAGGUUGAAGCGAUUAAGCUUUUGCAAAGCAAUCUAGGCCUAUUUCAUCGUGGCAUUAAAACUCGACAUCUUCCUAAUUCCUACCAAGAGGCUGUUCAGCUAUGUCUCCAGAUGGGUCUCAAAUACAUUUGGAUAGACUCUUUGUGCAUUAUUCAGGAUUCUCUGGCUGACUGGACACAAGAAGCCAAGGACAUGAAGCGGGUCUACGAGCAUGCAAUAUUCAACCUGUGCUCUGCUACAGCGUCUGACAGCUCUGGAAACAGCUUUGUGGCCCGCCGUGCAUACCUCCUCAAACCUCAGCGUUUGAGGAUCCAUGGCGAAGUCUUCCAGUUUGUCUGUGAUGAUUUGCUGCAGGAUGACAUCACAUAUUGCACCUUGCGUUCCCGGGCAUGGGUCUAUCAAGAAUGGUAUCUUUCCAAGCGCUCGCUAAUCUUGGGCUCGCACCAGCUUUGGUGGCACUGUAAGGAACAACUCGCGUGUGAAAUAUGGCCACUUGGGACACCAAAGGCCAACCGGGGAAUGUGGUGGAGGGAAGUGCAGAUGCUCAAGGAGUCAGCACCAGCGGGAGACUCAAACAGUAUGGACGCCUGGAGUCAGCGUGUUGAAGCAUACAUGAGGACCAAGUUGACCAGAGAAACUGACCGCAUGGUUGCAUUCUCAGGAAUUGUCCAAUCUUUUGGCCAGUCUUGGCAAUUGACCCAAGAUUAUCUUGCCGGCCUUUGGCGAUGUCACCUGCCAGCAGCACUCUUGUGGAAAGUUACAUCUUCAGCACAGAGAUCAACUACAUAUACUGCAGCAUCAUGGAGCUGGGCGUCUCUUGCUGGAGAUUGUCUGGUUGAUACAGACAAGGACAUACUUCAUGAACCGUGCUUCAUCACUGUCGAGCAAAUAAUGCCCCUGCGUGUACCAGGACCAGAGGGAUUCCCCACGGGGGGAGCAGUCACGCUCAGUGGUUAUUUGUUUGAAGUUGUCUAUCGAUCUGUCGGGCUUUUCAUGGGCAGAGGAGACUUCACGGUUCCCGGAGACCAAACGACAGGUGGUGAACUCUACCUUGAUGAAGGAUCAGAGAAUGAGCUAUUUGUCUCAUACUUGGAGGCACCAGACCUCGAUGAUCUUGGUGGAUGGCUGGAAGCCUAUUGA